UCUGCUCAGAUAAUUAUUUUUUAUUAAAUCUUCGUCAACUUUGUCGAUUGCAUAAAUUUUGGAUGUUACGAGUUCCUAAAUGCGAGUUCCCGAAGAACAUAAUGAGGACAUAGGCUUAUAUCUUGGGUUCCCACCAAGAAGGUUGACUUCAACAACACUGCUUCCAGACCUGAUCAUUUUUAAACAGAGGCUUACCGCAUGAUCACUCGGCAUGAGAUGGCAGACAUGUAUGUGAACGUGAACCGUAACCGGUUCACUCAUUUGUCGGUCCACGACGACGACCCUACUUCUACCUUCCGCCGAGCCUUCUUCGCUCAUACCGGUACUGUUGCUGCUGAACUUCGUUGCGACGUUGCAGUCUACUCGAGUACGGUACAGUUUAGUCUGGUGCACUACGGUAUCAUUCAUCCUUUGGACCGUCGCUAUUCGAGUAUCAACCCAAGAGAUUGCAUCUUUUGAAGAAGUACCGUAGUCAGCUAUCUAGCUAGAUUUCAUUUGAGAAUUUCUUGAGAAAAUGGCGCACGACGACAACUUUCCCAAAGUCCGGUUCAAUGGGUGUUUGGGUGGCCUACGGUUGACGCCGGAAGAGAUUGUCUUUCAAGAUGAGAGCGGCGAUGUGACGCUAUCCUGGGAACUGGAUACUCUCAAAGACCAAGUCAUGAAGCCCGUCACUUCCUCAGUCGAUCUUUCCUUUGACAUGGAAGGUAUUAUGGAACGUGUCUCGUUUCAAAUGUCCUCCUUUGCGGAAAUUGCACGCUUUCGCAGCUCCAUUGCCAAAAAGCGCAAGAUUCUCAAAUCAUCGCAGUCAUCAUCAUCCCAGCAGUCAUCGUCCGAUUGGUGCAAGACAUCUCCAUCGUCGACCUUUUCGUUGGAUCGUUCCAUCUCUUCCGCCGUGACCUUUCACAACGCCGCUGAAGACAAUUUGGGGGUGAGCUUUCACAGCGAGUACAAUACCACUCCUCCCAUUCUGGAGCAACCAUCCAAACGAAGAUCUGUCAUUUCGCCCACCAACGCCAUGGUCCGAGAAUCCUCUCUCGUCAUGGCGGCCAAAGAACCUUCCAUACCGCUGGCGUCUCAUCAUACAGCCAGCAAAUACACGGACUCGUCGGAUUGUGAAGAGGAGGAUUCCGACGACACGACAACCGAAGAAUCCAACAAAAAACCAAGCCAACAAUCAUCAGGAGACAUGGACGGAUCGGGCACCAGCCACAGCACUACAGCGGCCGAUAAAGCCAUUCGCGAUUCUCCUCAUGCCAAACGAAGAGCGACCGUAGAACCCAACACGCUCUUGAUGAGUCGACAUCGCUUGAGUACUGUUACUGUAGACUCGGCGCGUGCCCGCAAGGAAAACGAAAAGAUGCGAGCAAGCAACAAUACAAAGGAAGACUACGAACGCCGUCGAGAGCAAAAGAUCAAGGAAAAUGCCGUGCCCAGCAAUACUGCAUGUGCGACGGCAAUUACGACGAAGGAUCUAGAUGAAUUUGAGAAGCGACGAGAACAAAAGAUCAAGGAAAACGCGGUUCCCAAAGUUGCUUCAGUCGCUGCGUCUUCGGCUGAACGGCGACGAGACGAAAAGAUGCGGGACAGUUCGACUAGUAGUAGAAAUGGUAUGAGAAGGACCAGCACGCUCGAACUGCACGAAGACUACCGGGAAAGACGACGAGAACAGAAGAUGAACGAAAAUGCGGUUCCCAAAGCAGCUGCAGUCGCUGAACGCCGAGACGACAAGAUGCGGGACAGUUCAAGUAGUAGUAGAAAUGGAAUGAGAAGGACCAGCACGCUCGAACUGCACGAAGACUACAGAGAGAGACGACGAGAGCAAAAACUCCGAGACAGCAGCAACAACAACAACUACGCCAAGAAAGAUUCGGAUGUCACCACUGCGGACAGUAGUAGCGAACGAGAUGGCGAUGACAAUCCUCAUAAUGGAUGCAAUCGCGGCGACAUGGACAGAUCCUCGUCGGCCACGGUGGACGUUCCAUCGGCCAGAAGAUCAGCGACGAGUCCUGCCGAGGAAAACGUGGCGACCAACAAGAAGCGAAUUUCCUUUGCACCAAACGAAGAUCCCCUCUUGGCGCUCAAGAGAAGCAGGGCCAGCACAGAACAAGAAGUCUUGACAAUCAAAGAGAGUCUUCGGGGAGGAAAGAUGGAACGGGUCACUAUUCAGACAGCAUCCUGCAAGACAUCCAUGGCUACAAUGGAGACUGGUGGAUCCAUGAUUUCUGAGGCCGGAGCGCUACGAGUGAAUGGUAUUUCCCGAACACAGUCCCAGCAAAGCCAUAAGAGCGAAAAGAGUGGUGAAUUGUCACUGGACGAUCCUACAGAGACUACUUUGCCCGAGUCCAGUGCUGUCGGCAGAAACUCCCCUCCAACAAUGAUGCAGGACACACUGGUGGAAGCUACCCUCGUCGAAGAAGGGGCUUCUGGGUUCUUCACCCAGCAGAUUCGCGAUUCUGUGAUUGCUUCGCCCGUGGAUGUAGUCAACGAAGACUCGAGGCGAAGAAAACUGCACAUGUUUGCUGGUUUCGUCUGCUGCUGCUCCAUUAUUAUCGUUAUCAUUGCAUUGGUUGUGUCCUUUACGGUCGGUGGCAAAGGUGAUGUCGUAGUCAUGAUUGGUGAAGACGAGGGCAUGUCGUCGGAAGAAAUGUUUGCCCUCUUUGAAGAAAGGCUCCAAGAUAUGGUCUACGAUGCCUCCAGCCUGGAAGAUGCUGAUAGCCCCCAAAGCAAAGCGUUGCACUGGCUUGCUUUUGAAGAUCUUGGAGCAAGAGAACUGAUCACGGACGAGAUGGAUGAACGACUGCAUCAGAGAUUUCUGUUGGCCGUGUUUUACUUUACCAUGACACAAGAGAAGAAGUUGAUGCACUGCCAGCCUCCAGAAACUGGAGAAACGUCAACGUGUAUUCAUCCUGUCCUUGAAUCAUACUCGAGCGAAGGAAUCUACUUUGACCAACGAAUGUCCGAACCAGCUUUUCGUUGGCUCUCAGAAGUGGAAGAGUGCAGAUGGGCGGGUGUCAAAUGCACGGAUGGGGUUCAUGUGUCCAAGCUCCAGCUGCCUGGCUACGAAUUGCAGAGUACGUUGCCCAUUGAAAUUGGAUACAUGGCCAAUCUCGAAGUGUUGGACCUGCAGCACAACCAAAUCCACGGAGAGCUUCCCGCCGAGUGGGGCGAGUUGGCAGCGACUGGAGGCCCUGUCUUGAAAACCAUUCGCUUGGAUCGAAACGAAAUUACGGGCAAGAUUCCUGAGCAAUGGUGUAAAAUCAACACUGCCAACCUUCAGGACUUGGUGCUCUCCAACAAUCUAUUGACCGGGGCCCUCCCCAGCUGUGUCGGCGACUUUGUGUCUCUCGAGAACUUUUCCGUCAUGCACAACUCCUUGUCAGGUGAAUUGCCAAACUCUCUGUCCAAUCUCUCCAACCUCCAAAGGCUUCACCUGGCAGGUAAUAACUUUCGCGGCGCAGUCCCCGAGGAGUUUUGUGACACGAAAGAAGGCAUGGAAUUGUUCCAUGCUUCUGCGGAUUGCGACGGUCUCUCUGAGUCGAAUUACGUCGAAUGCUCUUGCUGUACAACGUGCUGCGAAGCUGAUGGCGACAAGGAAUCCUGCGACCAGAGAUUGGCCGAAUCCAUGAAUGGAGGAAGCAGUUUCAAGAGCGAGUACAAGGCAUCUGGCUUUGCACCAGACCGAGUGCCAUGAGGAUGGAUGCUACCUCAUGGUAAGGCGGGCUUAUCAUGCCUUGCACCACCAAGAAACCAAAAUGCUGCUUUUGGCUAUGUCGAUAAGCUAUUCAGACGUGCAAGACUGCUCUCAUUUGUAAUCUAAAUUUUCACGAUUUAUUUC